GCGGCUGCGCACGUUUUCUGACGGCUAAAAUUGCCAUUGUAAAACAAUUUCGAAGGCCUGGUGAGAAAAAUCAAUCGUCCUUGCACAAGAACAGUCGUUUCCAGCUGAUACCGCAGCAGCAGUGCCGUACGGAACGCCAAACUUCCUGCGGGAGAAUGGCCAAGAAACAAACCUUAGUCCUGUUGGGCUUCGAGGACGAGCCAAUCGCGGAGAAGGACCGACCGUAUCUGUCCUACACGACGAACAAAAUCGGUGGCCAUGCGGACUGGCCGGCUGGUCCGAUCGACGUGCAGCCGUGCCUUUUCUGCGGCCAGCAGAGACCGCUGAUCGUGCAAAUCUAUGCCCCGCUGGACGAUUCUCAAUUUCACCGUACGCUGUACGUGUUUGCCUGUCUGAAUGCACCCUGCUCGACCCAGUCCCAGGCGUGGACGUGCGUCCGGAUACAGUCGCUGGAGAAGGGCUCCCCCGGUGCGGACGGUGGCGUGACGGAGCUGCGAUCGGGCAAGGUAGCAUCGAAAGAUACCACCAUAUCGUGGUGCAGCGGGGCAGACGAUUGGGACGAGGAGGAGGAGGAGGCCGGGCAGGAGGGCAUGGCAGUGCGCGAGAGCUUCGGCACGGCCACCUUUAUGCGCGUGGAUACGAGCAGCGUUGCAGCAGCGGAACAGCUGCUGAACGAGGAGAACGGCAAUGUGAUUCAGUACGAGAAGGUGUCGGACGAGGACGACGAGAGCAACUCGAUGGAGGCGGAACCGAUCCCGGGGUUCGAAAACUUGCGUGUCGACGAGACGAAUGCGAAUGCGCGCGGCGACGGUAGAGCUUCCGGGGCGACCGGUGGCGGAGAGCUGAUCGAUAAUCUGUACACAACGCGCGCGUCCGCCGAAAUCGAAGGCCUGGAGGCGGAAGUGGUCGUCGUCGAUACGCCCGUCUCGCCGAAGCGUGAUUUAGUGGCACUGCUGAAGCAACCGCAGGUUGUGCCACGGAACAUUGCGGACGUUACACUGCGCGGGUUGUACAUUAGCGUGGACGAGGAGCGAUACGUAGCGCCGCUCGCGUCCGAUCACGUACGGGAGCUGCUAGCCGAGUACCAGCGGCAUGAGGAUGGGAUAACGGCUCCGCUGGAUAGUCCGCUGGACAAUGUGGCCUCGGGUACGAAGCAGCCACCGAAAGCGAACCACGACCAAGAGCUGUACGAGAAGGGCAUCCCGAUGCAUGGCGACCUGAUGUUCCACUCGUUUCUCAGCAAGCUCCAGGAGAAUCCGGGCCAGCUGCUGCGCUAUUCACGCAACGCCUUACCGCUGCUGAUCGCACCGAUCAAGGAGAUCGCCAUGCCGCCCCACUGUCAGUACUGCAAGAGUGAAAUGAUCUGCGAGGUGCAGCUGCUCCCGACGCUGAUCGAGAGGCUGCGGUUCGAGGUGAACGGGGAGCGGGCACCCAUCGACUAUGGCAAUGUGCUCGUGUGGACGUGCGGCAAAAGCUGCUGGGAUACGCCGGACAAGAUGCGCCAGGAGCUGGUGCUGGUGCAGAACGAGCAGUGAGCCGGGUUUUCGCUGGCUGCGAAAAGCAAUCUUCCAUUUGCCUUCGGGAGACGUUGAACCGGAUAUAGAGGCUGGAGGUGCCAUGGCCAAGGGUUGUCCUUAUGAGCGAGCGAGGGAGCGAGAGAGAGAGAGAGAUGGAGCGCGACUCCUAGUUGGCCGAGCACUGAAACGAUCGUCAAUUUGGAUAGUUUUACCUAGCAGGCAGUGUGUUGGCACUUGCGUACGGUGUGCGUGUGCCCGUAAGGCGCAUGAGGAAACGGAAACGUAUCAAGCAUUUUAAUACGCAAUCGAGUGUGGUGGCAACGUGCCCAGAUGCGGAUGGCAGCCGACACCGACUGCACAUUCGGUAGACGUGUUUUAUCGUGUUUUAUAUUGAAUUGAGUGAACUGUUCGGCUCGCGGUUUUAGUAGCAUCCAGAUAUCGAUAGCAGUAACGUAACGUAACGUUGAUAUGAUAAUUACUCCUACUCUAUACAGUAAGUAGACAUUAAUGUGAUAGCAAACUAAACAUUACUACAAACGCGUUAUGCGAGAACGUGCAAACGUAACAUUGCUCUAGCGUGCAUACGCAAACGUGCACACCGAAUGCCCACGUGCCACCAGAUUUAUUAGUAUGUAGCUAAGCCGUCCGGUUUCCUUUGCGGCAAACUUCAGGUUAGUUUCAAAUGCGCGCUGCGAUCAUUUUGUUAGCAUAAACUUACAAAAAAAAAACUCCCAAAAACGAAUACCAGUCAUGGUGGAAGCGCCCUAAUAGUAUUCGUAUCUGUAUCGAUCGUUAUAUGAGCGGGAAUAGUUUGAAAUUUCUCUUUUCUAGCGGCCAAAGAAGCACAACGCGAAGCCGACAUAGCAGUUAGGAAACCGCCACACGUGUAGCGAGUUUUCAUCCUGAAUCCUAGAUUUCUGCGACCAUGAACCGUGAAUUUGUUCGCAUUUAAACAUUUUCCUCUUUCUUCCAAAAUAAAGCGAAUACAACAUUAAACUA